AUGAGUCGAAGAGCGAUGGUUUCGGCAGGUGUGAUCGGGUAUGAUGUCGACCGCCAUCCUAACGCGAGACGACAAGCUCAUCCCCGGGACGGCCCCGUUUACUCGGGCCUCUUCACCCCGCAGGGCAGAGUGCAGAACGAUCUCCUAGUGUACCCGCGGCCGGCCCAGGACGCCACCCAGGCGAACCCGGACUAUUUGGUCGAGGUGGACGGGAACGAGGCCGCCAAGUUGAUGAAGAGGUUCAAGUUUUACAAGCUUCGCGCCAAGUUUGCCAUGAGACUGGUCGAGCCGGACGAGCUCGCCGUCCAUCACCUAUGGGAUGAUGCGGGGACGCAGGCGAUCCACCGCUCUGGGGUACCGGUUGCUGGCCAAGGGGAUUCGCUGCCGGCCGUCGACCUGCAAGAAGUCAGCGAGGAUUCGUACCGGCUCCGAAGAUAUCUUUACGGCAUCGCGGAAGGCCAGGACGAGAUCCCGAUAGAGCACGCCCUCCCUCUUGAGUACAACAUGGAGCUCCUCGGCGGCAUCGACUUCAACAAGGGGUGUUAUGUCGGCCAGGAGCUGCAAGCACGCACAAAGUAUCUCGGCAUCGUUCACAAGAGGGUGCUUCCCUGCAUGCUCUACGACGGCCCAGCACCGCCCGAGGUUCUCGAAUAUAGGCCUGACGCCUCUGUCUCGGCUGCCGACGCGCCCGGAGACUCCUCGAUCAGUAGGAUCCUGAAGGAAGGCGAGAAGCCCAGCAGGCGAGAUAGGAAACCUGGCAAGUGGAUCGCCGGCGUCGGAAACAUCGGCCUUGCGGUAUGCCGGCUCUCGGUCAUGACAGACGUCGUCCCCCGCACCCCCAGAUAUGCCGGUAAAUUCUACCUUUACGCCGGCUACCGAAUUCAAGAUUGA